AUAUUUCUUCUUGCUAACUUGACCACGGAGCCCCACUCGCACAAAAAUUACACUAAAGGGUUACCAGGGCGUUAAAAAGCGACGCCAGGGGGUCUGAGCGAGCGUCACAUUUAAAAGACAAACGGAGGAUGAGACGUAACAACGCUGCAGUUUGGAGAUGUUGACUGGUGAAGAUCAGGAUUAAACAUGAUAUCUUGGAUUGUUGACUUUCUUGUAUCAAAUAUGAUACAGUACGGCGACAUGGUCCCAAAGACCAUCAUGGGGAAGAUCUUCGGCUCGGUCUGCUCUCUGAGCGGCGUGUUGGUCAUCGCCCUGCCGGUCCCCGUCAUCGUGUCCAACUUCAGCCGGAUCUACCACCAGAGCCAGAGGGCCGAGAAGAGACGAGCGCAGAGGGCAUCCAAGGAAGCAGGACAGGCAAUGGUGUGUAAGACCAAUCCCAAGUUCGAGGUGCAUCAUCAUCACCUUCUGCACUGUCUGGAGAAGACCACGAACCACGAGUUUGUGGACGAGAAGACGUACGAGGCGAGCUGCAGGGAGGUAACUCUGGUGAAGCAGGUGUCUCACUCUUCCUCUGACUCGUCCUCUUCCUCACCUCAUGGCUUCACCUCCUGCUGCACCCGCAGGAAGAGGAAGAGCUUCAACGUCCCAAACUCCAACAUGUCUGUGGGUCAGCAGGGCAGCAUCCAGGAGCUGAGCACCAUCCAGAUCAGAGAGAGGCCGCUCACCAACAGUCGUUCCAGUCGAUCCAGCCUGAACGCCAAAUUUGAGGAGACACUUCCUCUGAACUGUGACCAGCCAUACAUCACCGCCGCCAUCAUCAGCAUGCCCGCGCCGCACGGCACCACGCGUGAAGGCAACGACUCAGCCGGCUCCACCAACUAUUCCCAGGCCAACAUCGUCCGGGUGUCCGCACUCUAGAUAACACCGUCCUGCACCAACACAGAAACACAACCCACCCAGCAGGACGAUCAGGGGUCAGGGAUCAGGGGUCGAUGGCCCCGCACCACAGAUGGGCGGAGGGGUUGGAUCACGAGUCCACGAUAGACGUGACUGGUUAGCAAAGCUCUCACGGAGGAAAACGUCUUUCUGUACGCACUAAAACUCAGCUAACCCGCCUUGGAUUGCAAUUUUUUUCUUUCGUCUUCUAGGAAGGAUUUGUGUCCAGCAGUCAAACUUCAGAAAAGAGAAAAUGGUGGCACUUUGGCUGACGACUGAUUUCAAGCGUCGCCAUUGCUAUUUUUCCAGUCUUGUCUAUGUCUUUAAAUUUGAUGUCUUAAAACACAAACAAAGAUGACGCUAGAUUACUCAGUCUUGCAGGUUAAAGGGAAUGUCUGACAUUUUGGGAACCACACUGUUCUGGUAACAUCUUACAGUUUCAGAUGUGUUUAGUCCAGCGGAGCACAAAGAUCGGAGGCAGAGGGAAACUGCUAGCCUAGCUCCACCAAGAGAGGAAAGAAAUCACCUUCCAACAACUCCAAGCCUGUCUGAUUUCCUGUACCUGUUCUGGUACAACCCCUAAAUAGGAUUUUACACCUGAAAAUGAGCAGAAAACCACCUCUUUAAAGAAAACCAUCUAAAACCAAGCUAAGACAGUUUGAAGUAGGUUUUUUUUCUUUCAACGUUAGCUUUCACUGAGCCAGGCUCUCAGUUUACCCAACAUCUCACCUGUCUCUGGGUUUAUUAGCCCUGAUUCAGUCGUACUUUGUAUCACAGUCCUGGACAGCUUCUCAUUAAAAUUUCAGUUGGUCCGGUGCUCAGAAGAUUCAUAAUGCAAAGAAGGUUAAAGUCCAGGGCAGCUGCACUUGGUUGAAGAUAUCAGAAGACGUUUCGUCCCUCAUCCGAGAGACUUCUUUAGUUCUGACUGGCUGGUAGGGAAACUCAGCUAUUUAACCUCAGUGUAGUCGUUAGCUAGCGUCGGCGAUACCGCUGGUUCGUUAGUGUUCCUGUAGUAACGACAGUCGUCAUGGUUGUUAGAGCCUUCUGAGGCUGAACGACCAUCGUUGGCGUCUUCACCUGAGGCCAAGAGGAAAUGCUUGUUGAGUUUCCUGGGAAGUGAUGAAAGGACCGCAUUGUAAGAGGCAACCUAAGCAGAUGAUACAUGGUGCAACAUUUAGAGCAACGUUGCUGGGCAAUGUUCCCGUCAAUGGUAAUGAGUGCGCCACGCCACUAUCCGUGCAUAGUACAUAGUCCGAGUUGCUCAAAAAGUUGCCCUUGGUAUUAUCAGCUUUAGACCCCCUCCUCUGUUCAGCGACGGCUUCGCAACUCGGAUGUAGAAGCCGUCGCUGCCACGAUCCUGGCAAUCGACCGCACAGAGGAUAAACAGCUGAGUUUCCCUACCAGCCAAUCA